AUGCCGACAUCGAUCGUUCAAGGAAGUAGUGGUGCGAAGGAACCCACUUUUUCUGAUAGCAAAGAGUUGGAGUCCUUCAAGUAUCAAUUUGUCAAUACGGAUACACUUCUGCUCUCGCGAACUCAGCCGUCCUCGUCGUCCACGGGCAAUGGACGAUCUAAGGCCAGCCCAGCUACUGCGAAAGGCACGACGCUCACUUUCCCCGAUCCUAUGGCUGUGACUUCCACACCUGGAGCGCAAAGCACUAUGAGUAUGACGCUAUCUCCACAAGAGCUCCAACUUCCGAAGUCGAUCGUCCCUAACGGUACAGAACCGACACCAAAUGAGACCAUGGUGCUUAUUUCGAUCCUAUUCAAGAAUGAUAUGGAUUGGUCAUGGGUCGUAGCACAGCGAGCUACCACAGCCCAGAUAUUCACGUAUAUGCCGAAGAUCAUUGCUUACGCUAUUCGUGGCCGAGAAGACGAUGUCCAAACUGUCCAGCUAAGACAGUUUCAAAAUGAGUCAUCUGUAAAUGCAUCGUAUCGUGUAAUGUACUUGGCUUAUCUCGACAAGAACAUGGGCCUGGCGUUAAAGCAUGCUAUUCAGGACCCGUCAUCCUCGUUUUACCACGCCCCCUUCGGCCCCGUAUCCCAACAACUGGCAGCAGAGGUGGAUUCAUCGUUUUCCCUCUUUUCCUACUCGUCGGUGCCGUUGUCUGAGGCAAAGGAUUUGUCGCCAGUGACGAAAAAGGCCUUGAUUGGGUGCUUUGCUGGUGUAGGAGGGCUCCUUGUUCUGGGCCUGGUAGUUUGGCUUGUGCUAAAGAACAAGAAACGGUCCAGGUGUGCCUUGAAACGGACCGAUACCAUUAAUUCGUUUGGCAAUACAAUCGAUCCUGUAAGCACAUUGUCAAUUGCUACCUCAAGCAGCACUCUGCAGGAGGGUUCAUCUGAUGGAGGUAUGCCCAGCCGCGUCACUAGUCGGUCAGAAACGCUGGAUGAUCCCUUCCGAGGACCCCUCUCUUCCAGAACAGUGGAAACGGAUCCAUUUUCUACGCCGUACCCUGUUCGUCAUACAUCCAUCUCUGCCGGCAGACGAUGGUUGCAUUCGAAUCAUACCGCGAACAGCUAUGAAGGAGACCAGCCUACUAGUCGAGACCAGCUUAUACCUCAUGUGCAGACGAUUGCUCAUGCGUCAAAUAUGGGGUCCAUGUAG